AUGGCAGACAGUGGCUAUCAAUCAAAUCUCAGCCUUUUGCGGCAGUUUACGGAUGAGUUUCGCUCGGUGCUGAGACAGCAAACUCCUGGUCUCAUCCCACGCCUGCCUUUUAACUAUGUUCGCGCCUUUUUGAGCUUGCUCUGCCAAUAUCCCACUAAAAAGUUGGCUUCUUUGGCUCUGUACCGCUGGCUCCACGUGAUUAUCAUGUGCAACAUGAUGAGCGUUCUCCUGACCUUAGUGUUCGCUCUGCCCGAGUCCACGAACGUGAUCCAAAUGGGCGACGACUUGGUGUGGAUUUCGGGGAUGAGCCUGAUUUUCACCAAGGUAUUCUACAUGCAUUGGCGCUGCGACGAGGUCGAUGAAGUUAUUUGGGAUUUCGACUACUACAAUCGGGAACUGAGGCCCCAUCAAGAUGAUGAGGAGAUCUUGGGCUGGCAGAGGCAGUGCUACUUGGUGGAAUCGGGUCUAUAUAUCAACUGUUUUGUUCUGGUCAACCUCUUUAGCGUUGCUAUAUUUCUGCAACCCUUGAUAAGCGAGGGAGCACUUCCCUUUCACUCAAUUUGGCCCUUUCAAUGGCAUCACAUGGAUCUGCAUCCCUAUAUGUUUUGGUUUAUCUAUGUCUGGCUGGCUGCCACUUCGCAUCACAACCUGAUGACCAUCUUGAUGGUGGACUUGCUGGGUAUAUCCACCUUCUUUCAGACGGCUCUCAAUCUCAAGCUACUCUGCAUCGAGUUGAGGAAACUGGGUGACUUGAGGGCGGUAAAUGAUGCUCGUUUCCAUGAGGAGUUUUGUCGGUUGAUUCGCUUUCACCAGCACAUCAUCAAGCUAAUGACGAAAGCCAAUAGAGUCUUCAAUGGCUCCCUCAAUGCGCAGUUGCUGGCUAGUUUUUCAUUGAUUUCCAUAUCCACUUUUGAGUCUGUGGUCGCGGCGUCUCUUGAUCCAAAAAUGGCAGCGAAAUUUGUACUCCUCUUGAUGGUGGCAUUCGUUCAAUUGUCGCUUUGGUGUGUUUCUGGUAAUCUGGUCUAUACACAGUCUUUGGAGGUGGCCCAGGCUGCUUUCGAAAUAAACGAUUGGCACACCAAAUCCCCAGCCAUUCAGAGGGAUAUAGGAUUUGUGAUCUUACGAGCCCAGAAACCUCUGAUGUAUAUGGCCGAACCCUUCAUGCCCUUCACCUUGGGUACCUAUAUGCUGGUUCUGAAGAAUUGCUAUCGCCUGCUGGCCGUGAUGCAGGAAUCGAUGUAAAUUUUUAGUUGUUUGAAAAUAAAAGUUGGAAUUUUUCUGGGCA